AUGAAAAAUCCUACACGCAGAUCUUCUUUGGGUACUCUCUGUUAUUCGUUUCUAUCUCGACAUCCCGUUCCUUGCGUCUCAAUUAUUUUUCUUUUUCCCUCUAUCAUCUUUUAUUCAUCCACCCCUUUCUUUAUCUCUUUCCCUCUCUAUCUGUAUCUAUCUCCACUCUCUUUCCCAUCCUUUUUCUUUUUUCUUUCUUUUUUUUUGUUUUCUUCUUUCUUUCUAUAUUUCUCCUUUCUUUGGUUUCUUCUUUCUUUCUUUCUUUAUUUUUAUCUUUCUUCUUUCUUUUUCUUCUUUCUUUUCAGUUCUUUCUGUCUUUCUUCCUCAAAAGAUGACCUCCAUUUUUUUUUUUUACAUUUCUCCAGUCGUAUCAAUAACAGCGAACUUCGUCACUUAUCUUCCAACCAACGAUAUUUUCUUUCCGAGUUCUUUUUCCACGGGAUUAACUACUGUUACCGAAAUAGCAGAAAAGUUGGAUUUAGCCAGCCAAUGAUUAAUUCACGCACGUACGCACACACGCACAUUCUAUCUAUCUAUCUAUCUAUCUAUCUAUCUAUCUAUCUAUCUAUCUAUCUAUCUAUAUUUUUCUCUUUCACUAACGCUCAAUCUAAACUCAUAUCUAUCAAAAAGAAUUGCAUCAUCGCGAGACGAGUUGCAAUCUGCUUCAAUGAGGACAACAAUCCGAACGAUAUAAAUACUGUAAAUACCUCUCUCUCUCUCUCUCUCUCUCUAUCUAUCUAUCUAUCUAUCUAUCUAUCUAUUUGCAAUAUAAACCACAGUGACAGCAUCUAUCUAUCUAUCUAUCUAUCUAUCUAUCUAUCUAUGACAUUUCAAAUCUGUGUAUAUGAAUAUUUUCCUCUCUACCUACAAAUGUUCAUAUUUAUCUCUAUUCAUUAUAUAUAUCACUCUAUUCUUUUUACACAUCAUCUCUCUUUUUUUAUCAUAUUAUUCUAG